AUGGAAAGGCUUUUGGGAAUAGUAUACGUUGGUUGUUGGUCAAUCUCGGUAUAUCCAGUCCUUUACAAGAAUUGGAAAAAUGGGAAUGCCAAUGCGGUUUCGUUCGAUUAUGUGGUGCUGAACACCGUAGGAUAUGUUUGCUUAAUGGUAUCUAUGCUUCUUCAAAAAUUGCUUUGGAUCAAUGAUGGAGAUGAGAAGGUAACAGCUCCGGAAAUUGCUGUGCCAGAUUUAGUGUACUGUGGACACGGAACAUUUAUGUGCUUUAUGCUUCUGUCUCAGUUUCUAGUGGGAACCAGCAUAUGGCGCUUCCCCACAACUAUAAUCACGCAUACUAGGAUGCAUUACAUUUACUCCAGGAUAUUCAAAAUUGUGAUGUUUCUUGUUUUCUUGAUGACAGUUGUUUUCUUGAGGCAAACCUUGAGUGGAAACAUGACGAAUGCAUUGUUGCUAUCCUACUGUAACAAAUUAUCAAUGGUGAAGAUUCUGAUGUCGCUCACGAAACAUCUUCCUCAGGUGAAGCAUAAUUUUGAGAGGAAAAACAUGGCAGAUUUCCCUAUCCAAUCAACAUGCAUCGAUUUUCUGGGAAGCGUGUGCUCUUUAAGCCAAUUGAUUCUCAGACUUUCAUCUAAACCCCAGGGCCUGAGUCUCAUGUCAUUCGUGACCAACUUCGGUAAAGCAGGUGUCGGUUUAGUAACUUUACUAUUUAAUAUUGUUUAUAUAUCUCAGUGGGUAGCAUAUACUUAG